AUGGCGUCCAAGUCCUUCUCCAAUUCAAAUGUCCGGUGUGUGACCUUGAUCGGGCACGUCGACCACGGCAAAUCGUCCUAUGCCGAUUCACUGCUGGCAGCGAACGGAAUCAUCUCCUCGCGCAUGGCUGGGAAAGUGCGCUACCUUGAUUCCCGAGAAGAUGAGCAGGAAAGAGGCAUCACAAUGGAAGCUAGCGCUGUCAGCUUGGCGUUCAAGCUUCGAAGACAUGCAGCACUCGAGGCGAAAGGGCAGGCGAACCCGACGAAUGGAGACGCGGAGAAGGAGGGCCCAAUAGUUGAGGACUACAUGAUCAACCUGAUCGACACACCAGGUCAUGUGGACUUUUCAAGCGAGGUCUCUACGGCCAGUCGGCUUUGCGACGGGGCGCUCGUCAUUGUUGAUGUAGUCGAAGGAGUAUGCACGCAGACAAUCACAGUGCUUCGUCAAGCCUGGAGUGACCGACUACGCCCUAUCCUUGUGAUUAACAAGAUGGAUCGCCUCGUGACGGAAUUGCGACUCACACCGAACGAGGCGUAUCAUCAUUUGCAACAGCUGAUCGAGCAGGUCAACGCCGUCAUGGGCUCAUUUUUCGCUAGUGAGCGAAUGGAAGAUGAUUUGCGAUGGAGGGAAGAAAGGGAGCAGCGCAUCGCAGAUAAGAAAGCGUCACAAGAUGCACAGGCGGCCGCUGCUGCUGCCGCAGACACCUCAAACUCUGGACAAGAUGAGGAGUACGAGGAUCAUGACGACGAGGAUAUCUACUUUGAUCCGUCUCGAGGGAACGUCAUCUUCGCUAGCGCCAUUGACAAUUGGGCAUUCAGGUUGGAGAGGUUUUCAGUACUCUAUGCCAAGAAGCUGGGGAUCCUUGAGAGUCGCUUUCGAAAGGUGCUUUGGGGGGACUUCUACUUUGACCCAAAGAACAAGCGAGUCAUGGGUCAGAAACAAAAAGACAAAGAGAAGAGGACACUCAAGCCCAUGUUUGUGCAAUUUGUGCUCGAGAAUAUCUGGGCAGUGUACGACAGCAUCGCUUUGAAUAGGGACCAAGAAAAGAUCGAGAAAAUUGUCAAAACGCUCGACCUCAAAAUUCUUCCGCGAGACCUCAAGUCCAAAGAUACAUCUGUCUUGAUCAGCUCUAUCUUUUCGCAAUGGCUGCCAUUGGCUCCUUGCACAUUCGCGGCGGUGGUUUCCAACAUUCCUUCCCCCCAAGAGGCUCAAGCCACGCGAGUGCCGAAGCUCCUCUCACCCGAUUUAUCUUACUUCGCGACACCGGCAGAUCUUGAACCGAAGAACGCAGUGCAGGCAGACAUGUUUGCUGCGCGCUCGGACCCUGCUGACAAGGUAUACAAUGUGGCGUACAUCAGCAAGAUGUUUGCGGUACGAAGGGAAGACCUGCCGGAAAGCAAGAGGAAAGCACUUACAGCGGAUGAAAUGCGCAUGAAAGCGAAAGAAUCGCGCGAGCGCGCUCGCGCGAUUCAGGCUGCGACGGGUGCAGCUGUGCAGCAGGCCCCGGAAGGGGUACCUUUAGAAGAAGCAGCGGCUCUUCAACAUAAUGGUAGCGACAAGGUGGAGAAACAGGGUGAGGCGCAUGAGGCGCCCUCUGAGACCAAAGUUGAACCCAUCUCGGACGAGGUGGCCAUUGGCUUCUCGCGUCUCUACAGCGGCCGACUUCGUGUGGGACAGUCUGUUGUCGUCGUCCUGCCCAAAUAUCAGCCUGCUCUGGGCGCCACAAGCCUAUUGAAUGCAAAGCACAUCAAGGACAUCAAGAUUGAAGCGCUUUAUAUGCUAAUGGGUCGUGACCUCGUCGCAGUGAACGAGGUACCCGCUGGGAACGUAUUCGGCAUUCGAGGAUUGGAAGGCGUCGUUCUGAGAAACGCGACUCUGUUCGCUCCGCCUGGCAACGUUGAUGAUUUGGACACUUGGCUGAAGACAGACUACGCAAAAGACGUCGUCAACUUAUCAGGUGUCAACUCGACUGCUGCUCCCAUCGUUCGAGUCGCACUGGAGCCGAAGAACCCUUCGGACAUGUCAAAGCUCGUCGAAGGCCUGAAACUGCUCAAUCAAGCAGAUCCCUGUGUCCAAGUACUUGUGCAAGAGACUGGCGAGCACGUGAUCAUUGGUGCUGGAGAGCUUCAUGUUGAGCGAUGCUUGAAAGAUCUGCAGGAACGCUUUGCAAAGUGCGAGAUCCAAGCCUCACCACCGAUCGUUCCAUUCCGUGAGACAGCUGUCAAGGGGAACGACAUGCCUCCACCCAAGACGGAAGGAGCCCCCCGCGGAACCAUUGUCGGAAGCGUCGCGAAUGGUCUGGUAUCCUACCGCAUCAGAGCCGUUCCGAUGCCUUUGGAGCUGACAAGUUUCAUUGGAAGCAAUGCUACGUCGAUUCGCCGACUGCAGCAUGAAAGACGCGCAGACGCAGAUGAGGAGUCGGCCAAAGCAGCGCAGAGUCUGGAUGGCCAGGAAGGCGGCAAGGUCCUUGCUCCCCAACAGUUCUGGUCGACAUUGGAAGAGAAGGUGGCGAACUGUGGUUCGGACUGGAAGGAUGUCGUUGAGCAUGUCUGGUCGUUCGGUCCGCGGCGUGUAGGGCCAAAUCUGUUGUUAGAUCGUGCAGGUCUUUUAGCCAAAAGUUUGCGCGCACGAACCAAUCAGCGGCACUUGCUUGCUGAUGGUCGAUUCUCAUCCGGCUUGCAGACGCCUGAUGAGGCAACGGAUGGGUAUGGGGAGAGGCCCCAGGCGGAAAAUGGGCAGACGUUGGAAGAGGUCCUUCAUUCAGUGCAUCUGGGCGACGACGAUGCAGCGGAAGAUAAACCCGGUCAAGUGACUUUCAGCUCCAAAGACAUGAACGACGCCAUCGAGGCGGGGUUCCAAAUGGCUAUGCUUCAAGGGCCGAUGUGUGCGGAGCCCGUGCAAGGGAUGGCUUACUUUGUAGAGGAGUUAUCGGUGGAUCGCGAAGAAGCGCAGAAGGAAGGUGCACGAGUGCGUCUGUCGCAGAUCACUGGCUCCCUCAUGUCGUCUGUGAGAGAGUCAUGCAGACAAGCUCUGCUGGACUGGUCGCCGCGUCUAAUGAUGGCGAUGUACACUUGCGAUAUUCAAGCUUCGACCGAGGUGCUGGGCAAGGUACAUGCCGUGUUGUCUCGACGAAGAGGACGUAUCACUUCCGAGGAGAUGAAGGAAGGGACCUCCUUCUUCACCGUCGGUGCACUCUUACCCGUGGUCGAAUCCUUCGGGUUUGCAGAUGAAAUCCGCAAACGAACGUCAGGAGCCGCUAGUCCGCAGCUCAUCUUUGCGGGAUUCGAGCUCUUCAACCUGGAUCCAUACUGGGUUCCACGAACAGAGGAGGAGCUGGAAGACUUGGGCGAGAAAGGCGAGAGAGAGAACGUGGCGGAGCGAUACAUGAAUCAGGUGCGCAAGCGCAAAGGCAUGUUCGUGACGAAGCGAAUUGUUGAGGCAGCGGAGAAGCAGCGGACGCUCAAGUCCAACUGA